GUUUCAUGUGCUCGAGACACUGGCAGGUGGGCACCGCACGAUGCCGUGUGGGGCCUCAGUUUCAGCGAGAUCUUGCUCCGAGUUAUAAACGAAUUUGAAAAAAUUUGUGGGGGGAAGAAGAAAAUUGACCAUGGCCGACGCGCCGCCGGCAAGCGGGCGCGACCGCCGGCGAAGGAGCCGCGCUCCCGCGGUUGCCGCCGAGGACGAGGAUGGAGAGGGGCAGCACCUCAACCCGUUUCUCGACGCAGCGCUGCCCGCCUCCUCGAGGGUCCAGUUCAGGAAGGUGGCGUCGCGCGCGCGGUGGUUGGAGGAGGCCGGCGCCGCGGAGGUGGUAGACAGCAAGGGUAAGCUGUGGCUGACCACCGGCGUCACCCGCGGUGGCAAGUUGUACUACAAUGUCGAGGAGAUCGGGUUCUUGGCAGAAAAAGGUGCCUUGAUUCUUCUCAAUGAUAAGGAUGGAACGAUAGGAAUGGAGGGCAUCUAUGAAAAGAUUGCUGGAGGAAAGUAUGGGUGCUCCUGGGAUGCCUUCCAAGUUUAUAAGCACUUGAAAUCGCUUGGAUAUAUUGUUGGACGAUAUGGCAUUCCCUGGACAAUGAAGAAUAGUGGUACUUGUGACACUAUUCGUCCCCCCACGAGUAUGAUUGACACUGAUCAGAGCUUCAAUAGAGUCGAUGACACCUGCAAUGACAUAACCAAAUUGCUCAAGGAAAUGCACAUUGAUGGGAUAUCUCCAUCCUUUGAAGUUUAUCUUCCAAACAGCAAGUUUAAAAAGUCAUCCCCAGGAGCCCCUAGUUUCCUCUUACGUCUGUUAAGGGAUAAGCCACCCUCAAGGGUUGAAUUGGAAACUGUGGAAAACAAUUUCGGGGGCAUUCCUCUGAAGUAUUGUCAUGUUGAUAAUGGACGGGUCAGCUUUCUCUCCUUCGAUAAAGUUACCCUUCCAAGCUUGCCCUGAUGGAUAGCAACAGGGACAUUUGUUAGCGCAUCUUGUUGCCGCUGAUCUUGUAACAUACGUGGCAAACUAGCAAUGGCCAGAUCUUCAUUCUAUUAGCUCAGUUUACCUCAGCAAUUAUUUUUGUCAUUUGAAGCAUGGUUAGUUUGGUUCUUGUGUUAUCAAUGGCUGCCUGAUAGUACAUGAGAUGUGCCAUGUUGAGCUGAA